UGAGUUUAGCGUGGAAUGGUAAAAGACAAAAGCUAUAUAAAGGGAGGGAGUGGGUCGGUUAGGAGCAGAACUACAACCCUCUUUGUGGUGAAGAUGGGAAUUAAAAUGGGGUCUUCAAUGACCUCUCUCCUCCUGGCUGUUUUAGUGGCAGUCUUCUCUCUCAGCUUGCCAUCAGAAACCUCGGCGAACUAUCCGUAUGCAUCCCCUCCACCACCACCAAAGAAGCCUUACAAGUACUACUCUCCUCCUCCUCCGGUGAAGCCAUACUAUCCACCACACCACCCACCACACCACCCGGUGAUUCCACCACACCACCCUGUGCUUCCACCACACCCCCCGGUGCACCCACCACACCAUCCGGUGCAUCCACCACACCCCCCGGUGCAUCCACCACACCAUCCGGGGCUUCCACCACACCAUCCGGGGCUUCCACCACACCCCCCGGGGCUUCCACCACACCAUCCGGGGCUUCCACCACACCAUCCGGGGCUUCCACCACACCCCCCGGGGCUUCCACCACACCCCCCGGGGCUUCCACCACACCAUCCGGGGCUUCCACCACACCAUCCGGGGCUUCCCCCACACCCCCCGGUGCUUCCACCACACCCCCCGGUGCAUCCACCACACCAUCCGGUGCAUCCACCACACCAUCCACCACACCUUCCACCACACUACAAGUCUCCUCCUCCCCCACCUCCUCAUCCAGUUUACAAGUACAAGUCUCCCCCUCCUCCUCCUCCUGUUCCAGUGUAUCCACCACACCACCCAGUUCAUCCACCACACCAUCCAGUGUAUCCACCACACCAUCCAGUGCAUCCACCACACUAUCCACCACACUAUCCACCACACCACCCAGUGCAUCCACCACACCAUCCAGUGCACCCACCACCACACAUUCCACCACACCAUCCACCCUACAAGUACAAGUCUCCUCCUCCUCCUCCUCCAGUUGUUCCAGUCCAUCCUCCCUACAAGUACAGCUCUCCUCCCCCUCCUCCUCCGGUUCCAGUCAAGCCUCCGGUUUACAAGUACAAGUCUCCUCCCCCUCCUCCUCCGGUUCCAGUCAAGCCUCCGGUUUACAAGUAUAAGUCUCCUCCUCCUCCUCCUCCAAUUUACCAUCCUCCAUACAAGUACCAAUCUCCUCCCCCUCCUCCUCCGAUUUACCAUCCACCCUACGUGUACAAGUCCCCACCACCACCACCACCACACCCGUACGUCUAUGGAUCUCCUCCUCCUCCACACCAUUACUAGAUAAUGGUGUUACUGCAUCAUGGAAAGCAACAGAACUCGUGAAAAUAAAGAACGGGUUGUUUGAAAAAAGCUAGUAGACAAAGAACAGCGAGUUCCGGAUUUGAAGUAACGUUGAGUUUGUGGUAGCUGUUGGGGUUCCUCUUGCUCAUGAUGUCGAUUGUAGUAUUGUAGUGGUACAUGUAUUUAUGCUCAUUAUUAUGUUUACGAAUGUAGUGGUUUCGACCUUAUGCAAACGCAGAGGUUGAUCACUAAUAAUAAAAUAAGCACGUUUCUCCA